AUGAGGGGGCGUUGCAAGUUCCGCCACCCUGACGACGGAGAGCAGGGGUCCCAGGUGGUGACGCAGGUGAAGGCCGACCUCACCUUCUGCCACGACUACCAGAACGGCCACUGCACCAGACCCAUGUGCAGGUUCAUCCACUGCACCUGUGAGGACGAGAACUAUUACCUGCGGACCGGAGACCUGCCACCGCACAUCCUGGACCAAGCCAUCCGCAAGGGACACCUCGGCGACGUUAUGCUCAAUGGAGAUGUCCCAAUAUGCAAGGACUACUUGAUGGGGGAGUGUUGCCGAAGACGUGGCGGGAAAUGCAAGUUCCGCCACUUGUCCCAGCGUGAAUAUGAGCAAGAGAUCUACGGGACGAGCCUGCGGGACCUUGAACACAAUGGGGGGAACUACUACGAGACGCCCCCGACCCCCCCAGAGACCAAGGCGCCCCCUGACCCCAAACGACAGCGACUGGAGCCCAAGGUCAUGCAGGUGGAGAUGCCUCGGGAUGGGGACUUCCUGCACCCUCUAGACGACCUCGGCAGGGAGAUGACGGCACGGGACCUUAGGGACUUCAGGGAUAGGGACCGGGAAAGGGAUCGCCGCGGCCUCGAGGAGAUUCUGCUGCUGAGGAAACAGAUGGAUGUGCUGAAGAAGGAGAACGCCAGCCUGAAGAAGGAGGUGUCAGAUCUUAGGGCCACUAAUGAGUUUCUGCUGGAUCAGGUGACAACACUGCGGCUCAGCAAGGCAGCGGGCGGCAGCAUGACAGCGGUCACUGUGCCCACGGUGAGCCUGGCCACCACCAUCCCUGUGGCUACCAGUGUGCAGCACCUCUCUGGGGCACGCCUCUCCCAGCCCAUGCCCAUCACCUCUGACGGCUCUGUGGUGGCACUCCCCCAGGGACCCCCACGGCCACCCCCUCCCCAACCGGCACCCCAGCAGGCUCCUCCACAAUCUUUGGCGCCCCCUUCCCAGCCAGUGGGGGUCGCUCCUCCUGGCCCAGCAGUGGUGGGGUCCAUAGGAGGUGUCCAGGUGUCCCUCCCGCAGGUCUCCACUGUGUCCCUGAACCCACAGAUCGCACCCUCCACCUCCAUGACCCCAACCAUGCCCCCUCCCUCGGCCCAGACGCUGCCCCAGGCCAUCUCCAUGAGUGGCACCACCGGCCAUCUGGUCUCCUACCCCAUCAUGACCCAGCCCGUCCUUCGGCCUCAGCUACAAUGA